UUUAAUAUUUGCUAUAGAGAAAGUAAAGGUUAUUUGAUCCGUAAUGAUGAUAAACUGCUAUACUAUAUUUUAAAUCUAUAAAAUAUGUGUUAGUGUUAGGUGUAUUGUUAAAAAAACAGUAGAGAAGUGUAGAAAGAAGUUGAAGUAUCUUAUACCAUAUCUGGCAAUUAGGGAUUCUCCACAGUUUUCACAAACAGAUCAGCAUCACAGACAAUUCCAAUCUUGUUGCAGAAGAUUCAGUUCGGAGUUGUUUAAUGCAAAUCGCUGCUUUAGUUCUGAAAAUAUGGAGAGAAUCGAUUGUGGGUUUUCACAGUCAGCUGUAUUCAAGAGCGAUGACUUUUCUAACAGUAAUGGCCGUUAUAAUUUCACCAUUACGAGUUCAUCCUGUCAGCCUUCUUUCCCCUUACAAAUUUUUGUUGGUGAAAACUACAUAAACCCAAAGAUCAAUAGCAGCAGUACAGCUGGUCAAAUGGAGAAAAAUGCUGAAACCAUGUUUAAGAAAGACUUCCACAAGUUUGUUGAGAGAGAAAGGCGGAGAGACAUUAGAACACUGUUUUCUUCUUUGAGAUCUAUACUGCCUGAAGAAUAUAUUACGGGAAAAUGUUCAACAGAAGAACAGCUAUCACAAAGCACAAACUAUAUUAACCAUCUGCAUAAGAAAAUUAAGGAGCUUACACAAACAAGAGAUGAGAUGAGAAAAGAAAAAUUGUUCAGAGAUCUGUCUUUUUCUGUCCCAUCUGAGACUUUCCCUAUAGUUAAAGUAAAUUCUGAUGGCUGGGGUGUUUUCAUCUCAGCAAACACAUUUAAGGGUGAGAUUGUCUUGUCUGAUCUUCUGCUUACACUGGGAAAUAAUGGCCUUGAUAUCUCUAGUGCUGUUACUUGUGCCAGGAACGAGAAAGUCUUUCACACCAUACAUGCCAAGGUUUCGGAUCUUCGUAGUUUUGACAUCAGAGCUUUAUACCAAAAUAUUUGGACCUUGGUAUGUGAAAAGACUUCGUAUGCAAAGUCACUUCACAUGUGAGAAUUGACCAUAGCUUGUAAUAAUCUGCUUUCUAAGGCGCUCCUUUUACUGGAUUGAUUUCUUUAUUGUUACUUAUUGAAAGAUUUCCAUGCAAUUCACAAGUGAGAGUGAAAAACAGCUGGUGAUUGUCUGUUUUCUAGCUUAAACCAUUUACUGAUCUGUUUUCUUUAUUGUUAUAUACCAUGUUAUUUUCUAGAGAAUGAUAAAUUUUAUGUAGGAAGUAGAUUGAGAAAAGCAAGAGUUUAUGCUUAGAGCAUUUACGUUCUCUAGUAGUAGAAGCUAUAGGAAAAUAGAAAUUUCUUAAAUGCUAUAAGAUUUCAUUUUCAUUUCACCGUCUAAAGAGUUUUAGAUAGUAUAGGAGAUGUAAAGGAUUAGUCCGCUGGAUACAGUUUCCUGUCUGAACUCUACAAAGUUACUCACUCCAGACAGUUUCCUUUAUAUUUGUGGUUGCUUAUUUGA